AUGGAUGCGUAUUUUACAUGUGCGAUGAGCUCUUCUUCAAGCGCAGCCAUUUCCAAUGGAACAAGUAGGACAAAGAUACUCUUUCUGGGCAUGAGAAGGAGUGGAAAGACCUCCAUACUCCAAGUCCUCUUCAAUGAUCUCCCAGUCAAACAAACUUUUUACCUCGAGCCCACCAUGCGCGUUGCAAAGCAUCUCAUUGACACCGUCAUCCCGUUGGAGAUAUGGGACUGUCCAGGAAACAUCACCGUCGACACACUCGGCGCAUCUCUCGCCGAUUUCUCAACUAUAGUCUUUGUCAUAGACAUUCGAGAUCUCUACCAACACCCUGUCUCAAAGCUCGUAGAGUUCAUAGUUGCUGCAUGCCAAAUCAACCCAGACAUAAAUUUUGAAGUAUUUGUGCACAAAGCGGAAAGGCUUCAAGAGGACGACAAGAUAGAAAACUUCCGCCAGAUACAUGAGCGCGUCAUGGACCGCCUCAUAGACGAAUCUCCCGAAUUUGAGCAAUUCCCUCUCAAUUUUCAUCUUACCUCCAUAUAUGACCAUUCUCUUCGAGAGGCGUUCUCUCGCGUGUUUCAUAAGUUGAUCGGUUCCCUUCCAUAUCUUGAAGAUCUAUUAAACGUCUUUUGCUCUAACACAGCGUCCCCAAAAGCUUUCCUAUUCGACACAUCCAGUAAAAUUCACGUCGCAACCGACGCCUCACCAGUAGACCAGGCUACGCACAAUCUCUGCUGCGACUACCUAUCCAUGCUCAACUCUUUUGGACCUCUCUACAGGUCCAACGUCGACGAUCCACGGAUGAGUCGGUUUUCCCCAACACCAGCACCAGCACCAACGCCCCCACCCACAGCCACGACAUCCACUCCCACCUCCACUCCUGCCAGAACACCGCCACUCACCUCAUCGACAUCUCCCGUUUCACCCUCAAAGCCCCACUUCUACCCCUCAGCAGCGACAUCGCUCUCACCUUCACGUCCAGGAACUACGCUCACGUACCACCUUGUCACACCGCACCUCGCAUUGCUGGCACUCCUUCCGACGACGGUGUAUGAUAUGCGCAGGGGUUUGGUAGAGUGGAACGUCGUGUGGUUUAGGGAGGGCGUUAAGGAGAUAUGGGAAUCUGGGCUGUGCGGGGCUUUGGAAUCCUAGUUGGUGUUGGCUAGCGUUUCACCUUUCAAAGUGACAUUUAUUGCGGCCUGAGGUAGGGACGAUGGGAUGUACGAGGUUAAUGCUGAGAAGGUCGAUAGUCAGACAUAGCCGCAGUCGAGCAUAUCAUCGUCUGCGGAAUCCAAUCAAGUUGGAAGACGGCACUCGACUCGUAUUCGAGCCAUGCUCCAGCUAUGGGUGGUCUCAUUGUCUUUUCUUUUCUCUGCCGCGGUCCCCAUCAUCUUGCACCUCGAUAUUCGGUUGCAACACGCUCCGAGGAUCUGUGCCCUCUGCGUCCGGUUCUUUCAAACCUUCAAUAACUCGAACUUAGCGUGCUCAUCCCAAAUAAGGACACAAGCGCAGUCUGACAGAGCCAGACUCUUCAC